AGCACGUCCCAAUGGCAUCAGUCCCCAGCAGACCACGACGCGGGGAGGGUUCGUCAGUCUCGCUCUCCACACUUUUCACUUGGCUUGGUCAACCUGCCAAAUAAAAGAUACGAAACUUAACCACUUACAGCUCUUUAUAGCGGGGGUUUAUUAGUGAUUACACUUACCGUGUGUGGAGUGUAAAGUGUGGCUCAGCUGGUUGUAACAGCGUGGAUCAGAUAAAAUAUCCAGGUAGCUGGUUGUAACAGAGCGUGGAUCAGUUGGUGUAAGAGCCAUGGGUGUGAAUCGCGUGGUAGAGGCAGCACAGUCCCUGGUGCUGGGUCUCGUAGCACUAGUGACUAGCCCGCCACACGUGGUGCUUGUGGGAUUGGACUCUUCGGGCAAGACCACGGCUCUCCUGCGGCUCAAGUACGGCCAGUACGUGAACGCCGUGCCCACUGUGGGCUUCAACUGCGAGAAGGUGAAGUGUGGGGGUGGGCAGUGGCUAGUGUGGGAUGUUGGCGGCGCCGAGCGGGUACGACCACUAUGGCGUUCCUAUACCCGAGCUACGGAUGCCCUUAUUUUCGUCGUCGACUCCAGCAGUAGUUGGGACCGCUUGGAGGAGGCUCGUCUGGAGCUCCACCGCCUCACCCGCGUGCAGAACAGCGAGUGCUUGGCGCUCAACAGAGCUCGGCCGCCGCUGCUGGUGCUGGCCAACAAGCAGGAUCUUCCUGGGGCCAUUGAUACCCAGCAGCUGGCCAAAGCCCUUGGCCUGCCCGACCUGCCGCAGCCGCAACCAUGGGCCGUGGCCGCCGCAUGCGCUGUUACGGGCGAGGGACUAGAUGAGGCAAUGGCCGCCCUCCACCACCUCGUCCUCAAGACCAGGAAGACCCACAAGGCCAGAAAGUGAGCUCACCCCCUCGAGUCAAGUCCUACUACUUCAGGUCACCCUCGAGUCAAAUCUGCUCAAGUCACUGCUGCCCAAGUCAUCCAGUUAAGUCACUGCAGCCCCAUCUCGCCCUCGAGUCACAUCACUGCAGCCCCAGCUCGCCCUCGAGUCACAUCACUGCCGCCCCAGCUCGCCCUCGAGUCACAUCACUGCAGCCCCAGCUCGCCCUCGAGUCACGUCACUGCAGCCCCAGCUCGCCCUCGAGUCACAUCACUGCAACCCCAGCUCGCCCUCGAGUCACAUCAUUGCAGCCCCAGCUCGCCCUCGAGUCACGUCACUGCAGCCCCAGCUCGCCCUCGAGUCACGUCACUGCAGCCCCAGCUCGCCCUCGAGUCACGUCACUGCAGCCCCAGAUCGCCCUCGGAGUCACAUCACUGCAGCCCCAGCUCGCCCUCGAGUCACAUCACUGCAGCCCCAGCUCGCCCUCGAGUCACGUCACUGCAGCCCCAGAUCGCCCUCGGAGUCACAUCACUGCAGCCCCAGCUCGCCCUCGAGUCACGUCACUGCAGCCCCAGCUCGCCCUCGGAGUCACGUCACUGCAGCCCCAGCUCGCCCUCGAGUCACAUCAAUGCAUCCCAACAUGUGACAGUGUCCACCACUCCAGCACGUAUGACAGAAGGAUAAACACACAAGUCGUCUCAGUCUCUGUAAACGUGUAAUUAAUUGGUCGCAUUCUUAACCGGUUUGUGAGACAAUGGAUAAAGUGACCAACAUUACUCAAUUCAUGCCAUCGAGGCAGUAGUCCUCAAGGACUUGUUUGGCCUGAAUGUCCCAGAACAAGUGCCAGGUGAAGGUCAAGCUCACCAGGGUACGGGUAAAGGUCAGUAGUGAAGG